AAGCAUAAAAAAUUGAGUAUCACGAAUUUUUACACUUUGACUACAUGAAAUUACUGGUAAGAAAGAAGAAAAUUUAUAUCUCAAGUCAGAAAGAUGUUGCCUUCAUAUGGUCCUCUUGGAACAUGAUAUGCAUGUUGUAUAAUAAAGCUAUUUCUUAUUUUUAAGAUUUUUACAUUAGGGAUUGCUGACGGCAGGAACUAGAAACCCUUGUAUUAAUUCACAGAAACAAGCCAUGAGACAGACAGGCUAUGACUCAGGAAAAAUCAAUAUUAUUACACUACCAGACAGUUAUUCCCGCCGUUAUAAUUGACAGAGGGAAUUGUUGGUUUUUGUACAUUAUUUUGAUCUUUCUUCUAUAGUUGCACAUGCAUUACAUUUAUGGCUGUCUGCCUUAAGCUGAUGAAGAAAAAAAAUUAAUCAAAUGUUUCAGGUAAUUUCCCUCGUUUAAUUGGAAAAUACAAAGGUUAGAUUGGCAUUACAGUUUGCUCAUUAUUUUAUGCAGCUGGCAAUCAAUAAAUGACAAUGGCUUUGUGCAGCAGCAAGCCAGGGCCCUGGCAAUGAAUUUCCAAUAUCAGUAUCUCCUGGGAUGAUGGGCGGUGAGCAACAGACUUCCCAGAGUUCCAUGUGUUCCCCUCGUGUUACAGCUGAGCAGACUGUCUCUCUCACUGUUAGUGCCAGAUUAGAUCAGUAAUUUCAUUGACUCUAGCCUGGUAUUAGUGAUCAGCUGCCACAGAACUCCACCACUACCACCCUAGCCUUGCCUGUCUUCUUGGGGAUGCCAUCUGGACCUGAAUGUCAGGGAUUGAUUGAGUAGAACAGCAAAGCAUUAUAAGGUGUUGGGGAGGCACUGUGUAAGGAAAAAGUCACUGUAGUUAAUUCUGAAGCUCUCUGUAUACCAGCCCUAAUAUAUCACCCACCAGACCUAGACAGACAGCAUGGCAUCUCCCUCACCUCACAAGAGCCCUGCCAGAGUGAAGAAUAGUAUGUUUGGGUUUGUGCCAGAUGCCUUUGGAGCUAAAUCCCUACCUUUAGGCCAAGAAAGUCCCAGAAGACGUCAGCAGGCCGCUCCCAAAAUGCAGGACACCCCUGAUGCUGCCCCAGAGAAGAAGCCUGAGGAGAAAUCUGAUGGACAGAAUGGAGAAGCCCCUCCAGUGGAAGAAACUAUUGUACCUGACACAGGGGUGUCCACUGAAGCUCCGGCUGUCCCCUGUUUGGAUCCGGUAAUAUAUGAGAGUGCCCAGUCCCGUGUAUUUAUCAAGGGGGGUCGUGUUGUCAAUGAUGACUGCUCUUUUGAUGCUGAUAUCUACAUAGAAGAUGGAGUCAUCAAGCAGUUGGGCACCAACCUUAUUAUCCCAGGUGGUGCCAAGACCAUUGAGGCCAAAGGAAAGAUGAUCAUACCAGGUGGUAUUGACACCCACACCCACAUGCAGCUCCCCUUUAUGGGCACCUUUGCCUGUGAUGACUUCUACACAGGCACUAAGGCUGCCCUGGCUGGGGGCACCACCAUGAUCAUUGACUUUGUAUUGGACCAAAAAGGUGUGUCACUUGUGGAAGCCUAUGACAAAUGGCGUGGCUGGGCGGACCCCAAGGUGUGCUGUGAUUACGCUCUUCAUGUCGGCGUGACGUGGUGGAGCGAUGAGGUGGCCAAACAGAUAGAAGAGUUAACUAGGGAUAAAGGUAUCAACUCCUACAAAAUGUUCCUUGCCUAUAAAGAUGUGUUUAUGCUCAAUGAUGAUGAACUUUACAAAGCAUUUAGAAAGUGCAAAGAAGUUGGGGCAAUUGCACAGGUACAUGCUGAGAACGGACAUCUUAUAGCCGAGAAAUCUAAAGAAAUGAUAGACAUGGGAAUCACUGGGCCUGAGGGUCACAUGCUGUGCAGACCAGAGGAGGGUGAAGCCGAGGCCACUAUGAGAGCUAUUACAUUGGCCUCCACAGCCAACUGUCCACUUUAUAUCUGUAAGGUGAUGAGCAAGAGUGCUGCUGAAGUCCUAGCUAAUGCCAGAAGACGAGGAAACAUAGUGUUUGGAGAGCCUAUUGCAGCCAGUCUUGGCACCGACGGCACCCAUUACAAUAACAAGUGCUGGCGCCAUGCAGCAGGUCAUGUGAUGGGACCUCCACUUCGCCCUGACCCAACCACACCAGGGUACCUCAUGGAUCUGCUGGCAAAUGGAGACCUUCAGGUGACUGGUACAGACAACUGUACCUUCAAUGCUGACCAGAAGGCUCUUGGUGCUGAUGACUUCAGGAAGAUCCCCAAUGGUGUGAAUGGAGUGGAGGACAGAAUGUCAGUCAUUUGGGAGAAAGGAGUUCACACUGGUAAGAUGGAUCCUUGUCGCUUUGUUGCUGUUACAAGUACCAAUGCUGCCAAAAUUUUCAAUAUUUACCCAAGAAAGGGUAGAAUAGCAGUUGGAUCUGAUGCAGACUUAGUCAUCUGGAACCCUAAUGCCACCAGGGUGAUCUCAGCCAAGACGCACCACCAGGCUGUGGACUUCAACAUCUUUGAGGGCAUGGAGUGUCAUGGUGUAGCAGAGGUUGUUAUAGCCAAUGGAAGAAUAGUUCUAGAGGAUGGACAGCUUCAUGUUGUUCAGGGCAUUGGGCGCUUCAUUCCAACUCCACCUAAUGCAGAGUUUGUGUAUGGAAGGGUAGCAGGAAGAGAAAAUGCAAAGAAGCCACAGAAAGUUGAACGUGAAGCCUAUGGUGGCCCUGUUGUUGAAAUAAGCAAGACAGCUCAGCAGACCGAGAGUGCGGCUCACGUGGACAAGGAAGAGCAGGCCUUCCAUAACCGCCCACCCACACGCAGCGGUGGAAGGAAUUUACAAGAUUCCAGUUUUACAUUAGCUGGUAAGGGGAUCAACACUCACAGGGAUCAGUUUGAUGAUUCACGUCCGUACCGACCACAUACACGAUCUGUGAACCCACCUGGUGGAGCGUCCCAGGGACUCUGGUAACUGGUCAAAUACACACUUUCUCGAUGUCCAGAUACUAAGUUAGGAAUACAGACUGUCUUCGUUGUCACUGCCCAGUCUCGCUAGGUGGACUUAGUUUGAUGUAGCAUUUGCCAAAGACGUGGCUUUUCAUUGUAGACUGCCAUUGUGGCUCACCGGACAUGGAAAUGCAAUGACUGUAAAUUCCUCUGUAUAAGAAUACAACUUGGGCGUAAGGAUGCAGUGUGUGAAUUUAAUUGCAGUUAAGACACUCUGUGGUUGCAGAGAGUUCAGAGAUAAAAAGAACUAUAGUUUUGUAGUAGUUUGAUAGUCAGGUAUUUGAACAGAAAUGAGUGGUCUGUCAUAAAAGUGACAGGUUUUGCUGCCAGGAUACUUAGGUAGAGAGUCAUUGAUAAAAAGUGCAGAUAAAAGAAAUGAACAUUUAGUUUGUCCAGUGCCAGAUCUUUUCUCCAUGUUUUGUUCUCAGGCUAUUUUUAACUUGCAUUUGUUUAUAUUUGAGAGAUUGAAAUGGUGAUUGUUAACAUGAGUAGAUGUGCCUUUGUAAUGUAGCACAAAAGUGGCUUCCAGUACACUUCAACUUUAAAAGUGUUAGAGGCAUUGCUGGUUGGUGAGGAGCUUCUGAUUUUCAAGUUUGCAGAUAUGGAUGUACUAUGCAUGAUCUUUUCAUGGAAUUGAAAAGGUUGCCAAUUAGUUGACAAUCAGUCACCUGUCAAAACCCUUCCCUGUUCUUGUCUGAAUACCUUUGUAUGUUAGAGCUGAACUACCAUUCCACAACAAGGUCAUCUGUCAUAACUAGCUUUUUUAAUUUACAAAUGCAUUCCUUGAUUAACUGUAGAAAGUUCACGUUUUGUUAUAUCAGAUUAUUUGUUACAGUUAUUUACAGAUUUUAUUAGAAUCCUGUAUUAAUAUUAUGGAAUUUAUAAUAUAUUUUAAAGUAUGACUGAAUUGUGUAUAGGUUUGAUGAAAAUUAUUUAAAUUUAGCAUGGUAAGGACAAGUUGUGCACUUAAUAUAUAUAAUACUUGCAUUUUCCCUCAGAUUUUCAGAUGAAUUUCCAAGUUUUAAUGGUGUCUUUCUUGUGUCAUUGCAUACUUGUAGAUUUUCUUAAACAGAUUCAUUGCCUUCCUGUACAAUCUUUAUUGAAGUAAGCAAAGAAAAUUGCAUGAAAGAUGUUGUAGUUUUGUGUAUGUGUUACAUUUAGAUUGCAGUUAGACUGAAUCAGGAAAAACUGAUUAAAGUGUUUUAUACAAAUGUGCUGCUUAAAUAAAAAUUGAAGGAUGGAUAA